ACUACAACAUUGUUUUGCCCUUCUCCUCACUCCAGCACUGUGAGCAAAUACACUCGUUUGAGCGUCGGCUUUUUCCUCCCCCAUUAUGGCAGAGACAAAGACAGCGGAGUCCAACCUUGACGAUCUUCUUGCAAACGAGGAGGAUCUGGAGAAUGCUUUGUGCGUACUGGCAGGAAGUGACCCAGAAAACUGCUCCUAUUCCCGGGGCUAUGUGAAGAGGCAGGCGGUGUUCGCAUGCAACACAUGCACACCCAAUGCAGCACAGCCUGCUGGCAUUUGCCUGGCUUGUGCCAACAAAUGCCACGAUGGACAUGACAUCUUUGAACUGUACACUAAAAGAAAUUUUCGCUGUGAUUGUGGAAAUGGCAAGUUCGGGGAUUUCCGGUGUCAGCUCAUUCCGGCCAAAGAUGAGGAAAAUGUGAAAAACCUUUACAAUCACAACUUCUCUGGCUGCUACUGCUCAUGCGACCGGCCGUAUCCUGACAUGGAGGAUCAAGUCAACGAUGAGAUGAUUCAGUGUGUCGUCUGCGAGGAUUGGUUUCAUACCAGGCAUUUGCGGUGCACAGUGGCUGAGCCCGAGGAGUUGCAGGAGAUGCUCUGCGAGGCCUGCAUGAACAAGGCUCCUUUCUUGUGGACGUAUGCUGCUCACUUUGCAGUUUCACCCGAGGAGGAUGAAGAGGUGGAUGUAGUGGAAGUAGAAGAAAAGCGGCACGUUUCGGGGUCAAGUAAAAUUAGCCUUGAAGAACCUUCCACCAGUCUUGAAUACAAGGACCAGGAGGGAGCGGCAACCAGGAGCUUACCUUGUAAACGGAGCCACGAUGACAUGACAGACCGACCCGGGGAGACCAAAACGGCAUCUUGCAAGCUGAAGGAUCUCCAGGCCCAGAAUGUGGCGAGGCCUCGACGGGGGGCCGUGUUUUGGCCUUCCGGUUGGCGCUCUCGGUUGUGCACCUGCACAAGCUGCAAGAGGGCUUACGUAGCCGCACAGGUCCAUUUCCUCAUGGACGAGUCCGACUCGGUUCUGGCCUAUGAGAACAGAGGCCUGGUCGAGCCAUUUGGGCAGCACCCGCUGAUGGCAGUGACCAGUUCAAUGAACAGAGUCCAGCAGCUAGAGUUCAUUUACGGUUAUAAUGAGCUAACGACUGCAUUGACCACAUUUUUUCACCAAUGUGCAGCAGAAAACAAGGUGAUCACUGCAGAAGCCGUACAUCAGUUUUUCGAGGAGCUGCAGGCUAAAAAACGGCGCAGGACCAACAUGGGCUACCAAUGACUGAACGUGGGCCUGUGCUGCUGCUGCAGUCAUGUGGUACUUUUGAUGAAAACUGUGAACGUUUCUUUCCCCCCUGUUGAAUAAAAGGGGUGUUCAUGCUGCAACCAAUGAAUCUAGAAGAAAUAGUGCAAAUGUCAGAAGCAGGCUUGUUUCUGUUCAAGAUGCCUUAACUUUGAAGUUUAACAAGAAGGCUCGUUGUUACUUCACGCAUGUGCAUUUGUCACCCGUUUUGUUUCAGCACUGGAUGUUUGAAAAAGUCUGUUAAAGACAUAUUGCAAAGUGUUACAUGGGGAUAAUUGUAGUAUAGGCAGUUUAGUAAAGAAUAAUUGUCAACCAUUCACCAGUAAGAAUUGUUUCAUUGACAAAACGUGACAUCAAGGUAAUUUCAUAAUAUCAAACCAGUUUAUUUUUGAGGACCACUGCUGCGCACCUUUUGAGGCACCAGUAGAAAAAUAGAUUCAGUGAAACUAAAUGCAACAAUCAGUCUACAAACAUUGAUUUCUAAGAUGCUGUACAAGUACAAUGUACCUGUGAGAAUCCAACAUAACAUUUCGGAUGAUUAAAAUUAAAAAAGGUGCUAACAUGUACGCAAAAGGGAGCUACAACUAUCUGAUGCAGGCUGGUUAGCUGGUAGAAAAGAGCUUGCAUAGACAAGAUCUCCAUAAAAUCCCAGCUGCAGGCACGGAAGGCACUGACCUCAACAGCAAAGAGCAAAACAACCACAUUCAACAACUAUGCAGCAUGAACAUGAGGAAUCUGAAGCAUUUUUUCCUGUUGAUGCAAAUUAAGAUGGGACAAUUUAUUCUGCAUUGGCAAUCUUCAGAUUCUCUCAUAAAGAAAAUAGGAAGAAAAAAAAAAAACAACAUUUACAAAACACCACAAUCCACACCACCUACGAUAGUGAGCAAAUUGUCC